AUGGAGACCAACAGCACGGAUUUGGCGGCGCGCAACUGGUCUGCUUCCAGGUCCGGUUCCGGCUUCGGUUCCGGCGAGGUUCUGACGUCUCUCCUCCUCGGCGCGCUGAUCCUUAUGUCCAUCGUCGGUAACGCGUGCGUGAUCGCGGCCAUCGCUCUCGAGCGCUCCCUGCAGACCAUCAACAACUAUCUGAUCGGCUCUCUGGCCGUGGCGGACCUGCUGGUGUCGGUUCUGGUGCUGCCCAUGGCGGCGCUGUACCAGGUUCUGCAGCGCUGGACUCUGGGCCAAGCGGCCUGCGACCUGUUCAUCGCUCUGGACGUGCUGUGCUGCACCUCGUCCAUCCUGCACCUGUGCGCCAUCGCCCUGGACCGCUACUGGGCCAUCACCGACCCGGUGGGCUACAUGACCCGCAGGACGCUGUGCCGCGCCGCCAUGCUGAUCAGCCUGACCUGGCUGAUCGGGUUCUCCAUCUCCAUCCCACCAGUGCUGGGCUGGAGGACGCCAGAGGACCGCGCCAACCCACUGGAGUGCACCAUCAGCCAGGACCCAGCCUACACCAUCUUCUCCACCUUCGGGGCGUUCUACAUCCCGCUGGCGCUCAUGCUGGUCCUGUACGGCCGGAUAUUCCGGGCGGCCCGGUUCCGCAUUCGCCGGAGUGCCAGGAAGUCCACCGACAGGAUGAAGAUGAAGAAGCAGAAGGAGAAGUCUAGCGCCACCAUGCUGCCAGUGAAUGGAGUCACAUGCACCAACGGGACCGGGACAAGCACUAAAAAGGGCACCAGGAUGGGCACCAGGUUGAGGCUAAAGAUGAAGAGGGACGAGAAGGAGGGGUCUCGUACACAUUUGUGUGUCGCUGUGUCGCCGGUGAACACAGUGGCAUGCACCUCAGAGGCGGGCACCAGGGUGGGCACUCCAGAGGGCACUAGAGAGAGCACUCCAGGGGACACCAGGAUGGGUAGUCCAGAGGUCACCAGGAUGAGCACACCAGAUGGAUCCAGCUCUGGCACUCCAGAGGGCACCAGGAUGGGCACUCCAGAGGGCACCAGAAUGGGCACUUCAGAGGGCACCAGUGUGGGCACUCCAGAGGGCAUUGAGACUGACUCAGAGCCAAAGAUGAAGACCGAGGAUUCUCGUACACAGCUGUGCUUCACUGUGUCUCCGGUGAACGGACCCUCAUGUGCCAACGGAUCUGGGACGGGCACCAAACUCUUACCUGGCUCUGGAGGGCGUGGAGCAUCCAAGCUGCACCUGGCGCUGCCCAACCAGCCUCAGGCUGAGGGUGGAGGUGGAGGUUGUGGAGAUGCCAGGCGGAGGGCGCUGGCUCGGGAGAGGCGGACGGUGAAGACGCUGGGCAUCAUCAUGGGCACCUUCAUCCUGUGCUGGCUGCCCUUCUUCAUCGUGGCGCUGGUGCUGCCCUUCUGCGGCUCCAGCUGCUCCAUGCCCGCCUGGCUGGGCGCCGUCAUUAACUGGCUGGGUUACGCCAACUCCCUCCUCAACCCCAUCAUUUACGCCUACUUCAACAGAGACUUCCAGAAUGCCUUCAGGAAAAUGCUCAGGUGCAGGUUCAGCAGACAGUGA